AUGUCUUAUGAUUGGUAUCUGGCAAUAUGUAAACCACUGCAUUAUGCAACCUGUAUGACAGGCAGGUUCUACCUUCAGCUCACAGCUGGGUCUUGGAUAAGUGCAUUACUGGCUAUGAGCAUAAUAGUAUGGUUCGUGUCACAGUUAACUUUCUGUGGCCCCAAUGAAAUUGACCAUUUCUUUUGUGAGCUCACCCCAGUGGUAAAACUCUCCUGCAGUGACACCAACGUCGUAGAAUUUAUAAUGUUCCUAUUUGCCUAUUUUUUCACUCUGCCCCCAUUUCUAUUAACCAUUAUCUCCUAUGUUCUUAUUAUACCCACCAUCCUGAGAAUCUCUUCCAUCACGGGAAAGCAAAAGGCAUUUUCCACCUGCUCCUCUCACCUCAUAGUUGUUACAAUUUUCUACGGGACACUAAUAAUUGUCUAUGUGUUACCAAAAAACAACACACUCAGAGAUUUAAACAAAUUGUUUUCUGUCUUCUACACUGUCUUAACUCCUAUGGUCAAUCCCCUUAUAUAUAGCCUGAGAAACAAAGAUGUAAAGCAGGCUCUGAAAAAAUAUGCCAGUAUGUUUUUGGCUUUCCCAAGAAUUCAGACAAUCAGAGCUAAUCCAUUCAGGAUAACACCAAGUUGA